CAGAUCUAAAGAGGCACAAGCCCAGGAGAAAAGUCGUUCAACCCCGUAUUAUUUAUUUAUUUUUGUUUAUUGAUUUGGUUUUCGAAACCUCUAAUUGGAAAUGUUGGGAGGAUAUGUGUUUGUUCUGAGAAAGAUUUGUUUGCAUUCGAAAGUAGUGGUUCUAAUGCUUGGACAAUUUGUUUGAAUUAUACAUGUUAUGCUGAUAUGGCUCCAGUUUAUGGUGGAAAAGAAAAGCUUGGGAUCACUGCUACUUACUCUUCAAUGUUGCCAAGAAUCCAUGUCGUUUUCUUAUUAUUGUUCCUGUUGGUUCCGUUGAAUUCUAUACAUUGUCAACCGCCAGAGUUGCCCAACUACCCAAAGGAUUCUUCUUUGUUUUCAGCUGAAGCGGUGUCAAGAAAAUUUGCACGCAGACUUUCGAAACCUCUAAUUGGAAAUGAUGGGAGGAUAUAUGUUUGUUCUGAGAAAGAUUUGUUUGCAUUCGAAAGUAAUGGUUCUAAUGCUUGGACAAUUCGUUUGAAUUAUACAUGUUAUGCUGAUAUGGCUCCAGUUUAUGGUGGAAAGGAAAAGAUAUACGUGGCUGCAGAGAAUAGAGUAAUAGAAGUUAACUUAUUAAAGAUUGGAACUUCUGAACCAACUGCACAAGUUGCCCUUAGUUUUCAACCAGAAGAUAAAGAAGGAAAACGUGAGAUCAUCGGAUUCUCAGUUAGCACGUUGAGUUCCUCUAUGUUUGUCAACAUUAGGGGUCUGGGACUCUUCGCAUACUCAACGCGUAGACAACUUCUGUGGAGUGCUGGACCUGUGCUCAAUCAAUUUGGCUACCGCCAGGGAUGUAGGAAAAAUGUCACGGAAUGUUAUUUCAACUCAAUCCCAGUGAUUGAUCAAUGUGAGGCUAGUAUUUAUAUUUCAAAUACUGAGGGAGAGCUGUAUUCACUGUCUACUAAGAGCCCUCACUUUUUGUGGAUACAUGACUUCAGUUCGUUUGACAAGGCUUUCACUGUCACUCCUGGAAAUAAUGGUCGCAUAUAUGUUGUUGUGCCAGUCAGGUCUCUUCUGCUUGCUCUUGAUGUUUCCACUGGAAAUCUGCUGUGGCAAGGAAUUAUAGGGCCUUUAAGUUCAGUAGACUCUGCACCAGUUGUUGAUACUAAUGGUUGGGUAUCUAUUGGCUCAUUGGACGGAUUCCUAUAUUCAUUUUCGCCAAAUGGGGUUCUUAAAAAAUUCUCCAAAUCAGUUGCAGCAGAUUCUGUUAUCCAAGUGAGUCCAGUCCUUGAUUGCUCUGGCUAUGCUUUAUAUUUAUCUCAAACUGAAAUGGAGGGAAAGAUUAGCCGUACUAUAGGUGAUUAUACUUAUGUCUCAGCAAUGAAACCAAGAAGUGUAGUCUUCACCCUAUUUGUCCCAGCAACCGGAUCCAUCUACUGGUCUGAAAGAUAUCCUGGUGACUUCUCACCCCCAUUGGCGAAGACUGACUUGGACCUUUAUGUGCUGGAUGAAAGGAUUCUGCUUGCAUUUUUUGCUGCUUCAAAGACUGGAAAUCCAUUGGCAUGUCGAACCAGACAUCAGAAGCUCAUUUCUACUUGCUCCCAAGCUAGAACCAAGCUUCUCAGGCUUUACACAGGGAAUGAGAGAGCAAUAUUCUUGUUUCUACUAUUCGAAUCAGUAAUCUUGAUAGCUUUAGCUGGACUAGUACGGUUUUGCUGCAUAUUUUGGAGGAAAAAGAAACUUCAAGGCCAACACCUUGGAAGAUUUCUUGACAAAAGGCGCUCUCUACUGCUCAAGAAGAAGUCCUUUGAUAGAACCAUUACAGAGCUCAAAACCAAAGCUGCAGAAGAAGCAGUGGCUAAUAAUAACAACAAUGAAGUGCUUGAAAAGUUAGAUGAUUUGGUUAGAGAAAGGGAAGGAAUAGAGAGGAAGCUUUUGACAACUUAUAGUUUGGGGAGAGACAAAAACAGCUCAAGGUCAAACUCAAAGUCGAAGUCUCUACUUCCACUAUUUGAUUAUGAAAAAACAAGGAGCUUAUCUAUUGAAGGGUCAAAGAAAGAGAGAUUAACAAUGUUUCAUACAUUGAGUGAUACAACAUCAUCAACAAUGGAUGGAAGUGAUGGUGAAGAAGAAGAUGAAGAAACGAGCUCGGAUUUCCAUGAAGAUGAGUUCUUAGAAAACAUGAUCACAAAGGGAAAGGAAAAAGUACUUGUUGAUGAGGUUCAGAGCUCAAGUGAUGAAGAUGAUGAUGAUGGUGGGACUUUGGAAAGAGAGAUAUGGAGAAGUCCUUCAGAGCCAGCCUCAAGCUCAUUAGUUUGGAAAAAAAAAUGGUAGUGGAAGCUUGUCAUUGAAGAGGAGAAAGGCCUUGUCAUCAACCAAUUAGGGACUUCACUUAAGUGACGCAUCUUUGUUUGAAAUUAGAGAGUACUUGUAAUAGUACGUAGAAGAAAGCAAAUGUUAUUAGUACAAUUUUUUUGUAAAAAGUAAUCAUAAAUCUUAAAAAAAAAAAAGACGAGGCCAAUGUUAGUUGUUAAAAACUA